AUGAUGUUGCCGUUCCUUCUACUCGCCGUUGUUGUCAUUCAGCUUCACCAUGUUGUCGGACUUACAAUCGCAUCCUAUCCCCUUUGGAUAGAGCGGACGCCUCAGCCCUACGCCAUCGAGAACUUCUACAACGGCAGUACGCCUGCAAUUCUCAUAUCAGGCGGUGUCCCCGACAUCCUUCCCAACCAAAGCGUCGACCUCAGCGCCAACGCCGAAACACCAAGUAUCAGACAGUAUGUCGAUCACCGUAACAUCCGCCUUAUCUACGUCAUUUGCGAGGUUUCGUACCGCCUCGUCGCCGAUAGAAGGAAGGGCAUCAACAAACUUGAAGACCUGAAGGGUAAGAGGAUUGGCAGCUUUCUGGGUUCGAGUGCGGAAGUGUUCGUACACAAUAUGAUGAGUAGUGUUGGUGUGAAGGAUCAUGAGUACGAAGGGGUUAAUGCAUGGUGGUGCAUGAAGACGCCGUGUGCAAACGAUACUCUUCCGUACCUCCUCAACAACGGAAGUCUGGAUGCGUUCGGUAUUUGGGAAACUUCUGUCGAGCUCGGCGCUAGGGCUUUGGGGGAUGACGCGAUCAUCUUCCAAAACGCAUCAAUCUACAGAGAAGUCUAUGCGCUUUUCUCUACUACAGAGGCUCUCGACAACCCCUCGAGGCGCAAGGACAUUGUAGAGUUUGUGAGGGCGCUUGACCAGACACGGGACGUAUUCACGAAUUCGCCGAAGGAGAAGAAUGUGUUUGAAUAUGUGGCUAAGACUGUUGAUGCAGAUGUGGAGGUUGUGGAGGCUGUUUGGAAGCACCAUAACUGGAGUGGACGGUGGGAUGAUGGGAUGAUAGACUUUUUGGUCGAGGAGGAUGGGUAUCUAGCGAAGCAGGAUAACAGGACGAUCACUCCGAGGGAGGAGCUGGAGAAGAUGCUGGACUCAAGUGUUAUCGAUGAGUUGUAG